UCUUUUGACCCCUAUCUUAUCUCUUUGUUUGCUUUUAGAUUUAAACGGAGUUCGUCUUUUUUCACUGCAGAUUGAAAGAGAGAGUAAGGAAAGUGGAAGAAGAAAAUUCGGUGUUUGUCUUUGUUUGUUUCAAGACUCAGUGACUUGGAGAGAGAGAGAGAGAGAGAGAGCCAUGGUUGUUGGGUUGAGAUUGUUCCAUCAAAACCCAUUGAUUGUUCCUCAAAUCCAAGGACUAGCAACAAAGAUAUUACCGCAGGGAACCCUUAAUGUUCAAUGCUCAGCGAAACCAGCAGCAACACAGUACAAUAAUAAUGAGAAAUAUAGCCUAAGAACAUGCAAGAAUUGCAAGACCCAGUAUGACCCAGCUCUCAAUCACCCUCGCUCUUGUCGCUACCACACUGCUCACUUUGGUGGAGAAACAAGGAGGAAAUUUGAGAGCGUUUACUCAGGAGGCACCAUGGAUUCUCCCGACUCCGGAAAAGUCUUUCAAUACUGGCAUUGCUGUGGUUCUGAAGACCCCUUUGACCCUGGAUGUACUGCUGCUCCGCAUUCCUCUUAUGAUGACUGAUGCAGUUACAGUCUUCCACAAUGAAUACAUGGUUCACUUCUUUAACCCAAGAUUCUCAAUUGUUUCCUACUAUGCUUUAUUUGUAAUAUGUAUAUGGUAUAUAUAUAUAUAUAUUUUUUUUUUUUUUCAUAUGUUUUCUUUUCCUUUUCAAUCAUGUAGCACUACUAAAUUGGAUUUUCAGAUUCAAAUUUUUUUUUUUUUUGUGUAAAAGUAAAACCCAAAUGUUGGGGCAUAUAUUCUUGGUUGCUCUGCUGUUGUGGUGUAUGUAAUAUGAAAAGUUUGGAAAGCUUUGUUAAAGAGUUUAUCCUCA